CUCCUCCUCUUCUCAGAGCCGUCACAGCCACGCCUAUCGGGCCCACAGUUGGUCCGCGGCGCGUAAAAUCAGCAAUCAAAGGGGCUUGCUUCAUUAGGGUCGCGGGUUUGAGGCUGCAGGAAGGAUAUGUGAGAUAGUCACGGCUCCGCAGCGAAGCGGGACACGUCGGGGGUCCGGUCCGUGUGGGAUGACUGAGGCGAAGGAGCGCUUGGUUCGUUUUCCCGCGCCGCUUGGAGCUACCGAAGCAAGUGAAAGGAUAAAGUGUCGCCUGGCUCCGUUUCCACUCCACUGAAGCACCCAAAUUGUUCCAUUCGGAAUCGGACGCACCGAUGAGAGAUCCAGUUUUCACUGCAGGGACUGCAAUGGCUUAUCACCCUUUCCACGCACACCGGCCCGCCGACUUCCCCAUGUCCGCUUUCCUAGCGGCCGCUCAGCCCUCCUUCUUCCCGGCUCUCAGCCUCCCCCCCGGGGCGCUCGCGAAGUCCCUCCCGGAUCACCACAGCCUGGCCGGGGCGGCGGAGACGGGGCUGCACCCGGCCCUCAGCCACCACCAGGCGGCCCAUCUCCGCGGCAUGAAGAACCUGGAGCCCGAGGAGGACGUGGACGACGACCCCAAAGUCACCUUGGAAGCCAAGGAUCUUUGGGACCAGUUCCAUAAACUCGGCACAGAAAUGGUUAUUACCAAAUCCGGAAGGAGGAUGUUUCCGCCCUUCAAAGUGCGCAUCAACGGGCUGGACAAGAAAGCCAAAUACAUCCUGCUGAUGGACAUCGUGGCGGCGGACGACUGCCGCUACAAGUUCCACAAUUCCCGCUGGAUGGUGGCGGGGAAGGCCGACCCGGAGAUGCCCAAGAGGAUGUACAUCCACCCGGACAGCCCCGCCACCGGCGAGCAGUGGAUGGCCAAGCCUGUUGCUUUCCAUAAACUCAAGCUCACCAACAACAUCUCCGAUAAGCAUGGAUUUACCAUCCUAAAUUCCAUGCACAAGUACCAGCCCAGGUUCCACAUCGUGAGGGCCAACGACAUCCUCAAGCUUCCUUACAGCACAUUCAGGACUUACGUCUUCCCGGAAACGGAAUUUGUGGCCGUGACAGCUUACCAGAACGACAAGAUAACGCAGCUUAAAAUCGACAACAAUCCCUUUGCCAAAGGAUUCAGAGACACGGGCAACGGAAGGCGAGAGAAAAGGAAACAGCUAACCAUGCCGUCGCUGAGGAUGUACGAGGAGUGCAAGGCGGACCGGGACGGCGCCGACUCGGACGCCUCCAGUGAACCUCCCACCGCCAUGGACGCUAUUCACUCCCCGCUGGGAACCUCCACCAGCCCGCCCGGCAUCACCCGUCCCAGCCAUGAUGACAAAACGUGCAGCGACAGCGAGCAGGAGUUGGAGCACCACGACGAACGCUGCACAAGCUCCAACAGUCUCGGGACCGAACCUGUGUCCCCCUACAGCUCCAGAUGCGAGGAGCGGGUCAGGGAAAGGCCCUCUGUGGCGGACAAGAAGGAGGACUCGGCGUUCGGCGUUCGGAACCUUGAGAAAGACAAAGCAGAGAGCAGGCAUCGGAAGGACACGGCAGACUCAGAGGCUGCGAGCAUCAACGCUCUGAAGGACACCUUCUCCCCACUCAUGGUCCAGACAGAAAGCCCUUCUUCGCACUUCAACCCGGGUCAUUUACAAAGCCUGGCUCUGUCGGGCCUGCACAGCCAACAGUUCUUUAACCCUCUGAACGCCGGAUCGCCGCUUUUGUUUCACCCCGGGCAGUUUGCCAUGAACCCUGGAGCUUUUUCUGCUAUGGGCAUGGGGCAUUUACUGGCCUCUGUGUCGGGAACAAGUGGUUUGGAAAAUGCCUCUCAAGGAACAGGAGGAACCCCCAACGCCUUCCCUUUCCAUCUGUCCCAGCAUAUGCUUGCUUCUCAGGGCAUCCCCAUGCCUCCCUUUGGAGGUCUCUUUCCGUACCCCUACACCUACAUGGCAGCAGCCGCAGCAGCAGCCUCCGCCCUCCCGGCGACCAGCGCCUCCAGCCCGCUGUCCAGGAACCCUUUUCUGGCCACGUCCCGACCACGCCUCCGCUUCAAUCCCUACCAGCUCCCUGUGUCUUUGUCUCAGAGCUCCAGCCUGCUCACCACCGGCCUGCAAGGUGGCCUCAAUCCGGGCUCUGAAUCGUCCAAGCCGAGCAGUCGAGAGACAAGCCCGGCCUUAGAACACCACAGCAGCGGCAAGAAUGGAAGAUCGUCCCCAAAAAGCCCUCUAAAGGACUCUGUCAAUGAACUCCAGAGUAUUCAGAGACUGGUGAGUGGCCUGGAGGGCCAGAGGGAGCCUUCCCCGGCAGCGAACUCUCCAAAGUGAUGACCGCUCUCUUUGGGAUCUUCUUGUCUUGCAAACCCGAGGACUGUUCAAACUACAGGAACUAAGGCCGUGCUUUGGUACCCUUGCCGUGGUUCAGGCUGAGAAAUGUUUUUAGAUGAAUGCUACCAACCCCAUCGACCCAUGUGGACCACUCACGCAAACAAAGCUACCCUGCAUCCUGAAGCUUUAGUGACUCAAUCAGACCCAAUCAGCCAAGAACGUCUCAGGUACAUUGUUACACAUCAGCAAAAUCAUCACUCAGCUACGUCAGUAGGACACCCCUCCAGCAUUCACAUGACAAUAACAUGGGUAGGAUUAGGAUUAGGGUUAGGGUUGUACCAUUUAGUGAAAGUGACUAUUUUCGGGUUAGGGUUGUACAAAGGAGCGGGACUGGACUAGGUGUAGGUUAGGGUUCGGGGUAGUGUUGUGCAAUUCUGUCAAACUGAUUUGAGAGUUAGGGAUCGGGGUUAGAGGUUAGGUUAGCAUUAGGGUCAGGGUUAGUCAACGGGAUGAACAUGCUGGAUUAUCGUGACAAUGAAAUACAAUGUAUGGGACUUGACCAGGGUAAAUCAUUCAAACCAAUCUGUGCGCCCAUGUAUAGCCUGCUAACAGGAUGCAGGUCCAAAUCCUUCAGCCUAACACCGGGACGGUUGGAUUUGGUCAAGUGGCCUAGUUUGUAAAAACAAGACAAAAAAAAACAAAAAAAAAAAACACGCCAUCAGUCUUACAUCCGGUGCAAGGCGUGCAAGUGGAACGGUCGUAUUCCAGAGGAAAUAUGUUUCUGAUCUAUUUAUGUGAUUAAAGUAAAGAAAUAAAAUGUGUAAAUAACUCUAAGAUCCAAGAAUAUGCAAUUGGUAUUAAUUUAUUUAAGGCUGUAUACUUUGCGUGUAUAUAUUUCCAUGAUAA